GACCGAGUAGUCUGUAGGCACUCACCGGGGACCUAAGUCUAGGGUUGCUGCCUCUCUGCUCCUCUCACGGCGUCGUGCGAUAGUCUCCCAGAACUACUGUUGAAGGCCGACCGACCGACCCCUUCACACGAUCCGUGAUCGCUGGUGUGAACUCGACCGCAGUCAAAAACUAUCGGAGCCGAACAACUACGAUUUUUACGCGACGGUUGACGCAGAGAUUAGUGGCGCUUGAUGCGCCGCGCGAUUUUUAUCAUCGUUCGAUUACGCGAUUCGCGACUAAAAUUCCAAACAUCUCCCUAAAACUACUCCGAAAUCAUCGUUGGAGCACUACAAGUUCCAAAACAAUAAUUUGUUAAUAUUAGACAACACUACAUUUCCCUCCAAAAAUUCGUAAAAACACUAGAAAUUUCCAAGACCCGAAUUUCAUCUCACCUCUAAAAAAUGCUGCAAUCUUCACCUGUCAACUACUGACAUCAACUGAUGUGUUUUGUUGUUGUUGUGGUGCUGCAAGUUUGACAAUAUUCUGUGCGAUUCUUUGUACGUUCCGAAUGACAUCGGUGUUGGACUGUUGACAAAUUCUGGUAGUGUUUUGUUAAGGUUAAGGUAGCUCUACUCAACCACUGACUGCGCAGCUACGCAAAUUUGGAAGUUUGGAUUGCUAGUGAAAAGCUACUAUUGUGGAGAGCCCCGUGAAUUUGAUCGCGGGGGGCGGGGCGGCUGCCAAGACGCUGCUGGGGGCGGGAGUGGGGGUGGCGAGGGACGCCGCCUCCUGUGUGGACGCUUUUUGGAAGAUGCCACACAAAGAGGAUGACCACUGCAGCGGGGCGCAAGCAGCAAUGGCAGCUCAGAGUUCUCUGUUCGGGUGCUCUACGGCCGGCCACUCGGGCAUCAAUCAGCUGGGUGGAGUCUACGUCAACGGACGACCUCUGCCCGACAGCACGCGACAGAAAAUUGUCGAGUUGGCGCAUUCCGGUGCGAGGCCCUGCGACAUUUCACGCAUACUCCAGGUGUCCAACGGUUGUGUGUCGAAAAUACUGGGCAGGUACUACGAGACCGGCUCGAUCAAACCACGAGCGAUAGGUGGUUCUAAACCCCGGGUGGCCACCAACGGAGUGGUCAAGAAAAUCGCCGACUACAAACGAGAAUGUCCGUCCAUAUUCGCCUGGGAAAUCAGGGAUCGCCUCUUAUCCGAAGGAGUUUGCACAAACGACAAUAUACCCAGCGUGUCGUCGAUUAACCGCGUGCUCCGUAACCUGGCCGCUCAGAAGGAGCAACAGGUGUCUGCGCAGAAUGAGUCCGUUUACGACAAACUGCGCAUGUUCAACGGGGCGCACGCGGGGGCGCACGCGGGCGCAUGGGCCUGGUACGGCGGUGCCGCGCCCGCCGCACAUCUCACCCUGCCGCACAACCCGACCGCGACCGCCCUGGUGGGCGCAGGCCAAGUCGCACGCGAUGAACUGCACAAAAGAGCAGGUGAUCUAGUCCACGAGAACACAUCAGACGGCAAUUCGGAGCACAAUUCUUCGGCAGAUGAGGACUCUCAGCUGAGGUUACGACUCAAACGGAAACUGCAGAGGAAUCGAACAUCUUUCACCAACGAACAAAUAGAUAGUCUUGAAAAAGAAUUUGAAAGAACGCACUACCCCGACGUGUUCGCCCGAGAGAGGUUAGCAGAAAAAAUUGGACUCCCCGAAGCUAGAAUUCAGUCGGCACAGGUUUGGUUCAGCAAUCGACGCGCCAAGUGGCGACGCGAGGAGAAGUUGCGCAACCAGCGAGGGGGCCGAGGGGGCUCCUCGGGGGGCACAGGGGGCACCGGUGAAGGGGGCCACAACUCAGCCGCCUCCAGUCCACCUGCGGGUCCAGUUCCGCCCCCACCACCCCGUCUUCCUACCAACUCCACCUUCAACUCUAUGUACUCCAUACCACAGCCUAUGCCCACCAUUGCCGAUACCUAUAGUUCAAUGUCCAGCAGCCUGAGCAGUAUGUCGGCCGGCAGCUGCUUGCAGCAAGGGGGUCGCGGGGAGUAUGGCGCCUACAUGUUCCACCCCCACCACCCGCAUCCCGACCCGCUGCACCAGCUGCAGUCGCAGUACAACUCGCGCUGCGGCCAAGGGGUCACCCCCCAUCCUGCGCAUGCGCACUCAGGCAGCUCCCCCUAUGCGCACAACAGUGCUGCUGCAGCUGCUAAUAGUACCGGAACAGGCGUGAUAUCAGCCGGCGUCUCGGUACCAGUGCAGAUCCCCAGUCAGGCCACAGACCCUCACAGCUACUGGCCUCGGAUUCAGUGAUCCCAGCUGUUCGGGUUCCCGGCCAGUCGUCUGCUGCUCGAGGAACCCGUUCAAGGUCACAUCUAAACUGGAAAGGCCGACCAAAAUCCUCCCCGACGACGCCAAAACACCGCCACAACUCCCCACCAGCUGUGGAAUACUGGAGAAACCUGUUCGACCUCGAAAGUACCCCUAGAAGCUUCACAUCAUCAAGGAAACUACUGGAAAAACUAGUUUAACCUCAAAGGUUUUCCCUGGAGCUUAACAUCAUCAAGGAAAACUUAUUGGAAAAACUAGUUCAACCUUGAAUGUUCUCCCUGAAGCUUCUCAUCAUCAAGGGAAACUACUCCGACCUCGAAGAGUUUUUCCAACCUUCCCAUCAGCUACGGAAAAAUUAUUCGACCUUGAAAAUUUUUCCUACAGCUUCCCAGCAGCUACGGAAAACUGGGAUGAUUUCACCAUUUUUCACCAGCUACAAGAAUCGGUUUCCAUCCUCGAAAAAUCAAGUGUGACGAAGAACUUUCCACAAUCUGCGGAAGAGGUUGUUCUGAAUUCUCCAUCGAGGAACACCCUGAGAAAUACAGUGUGUUUGGCAAAAAACUGUUCAACAGUCUGUGGGGGAUUUUAUACAAUAAAAACUCGAAAACGUUGAGGUUAGAAAUGUGUGAGGGUUUUCAAAAAUAUUUUAUAUACUGUGAAAAAUUUGAGUGAGGUAGGCCGUAAUUUUUCUGGCCUCGUAAUAAUCAGUGAGUGUUGAUGUGCUUGUAUAGUGAUAAACGAUUAUUUAUACAAGGUUUGUGAUCAUGAUAACGAUGAUAGAGCAACAGAAGUAGGUAUUGUAGUUAGUUUUGACUUGAACAUUCUUCAAUCUUCGGAUAUUUUUUUAAAAUACAUUUCGAUAGAGAUGUUUUUAACUGAGAUUGUUUUUUUUUAUUUUUUAUCUUGAAUAACUACGUCAAUCUCAACAUUUUUUGAGAGACGCUUAAUUCAAGAAUGCAUGACCAUGAAAGUUGCUUGAUUUGAAUUUUAACAAGGUGUUGUUUACAAUAUUAAUCUAGAGUGUUUUUCUUCUAGAAGGUUUGACUCCAAUAUUUCAAUGGUUUAAUUAUGCAUUCAUGCAUAUCAUGCAAAUCAUGCAUUUAUAAGAAUAAUAGACUUCUCCGUCUAUCUGAUUAUUAACUAACUCGAAAUUCUCGUUGGGAAUCUUUGUUUUCGUUCCUUGAAUCUUUGAGUUAUCUAUUUUGAAUAUAUUUAAAAUACAAAUUAAUUUCUUGAAAAGAAUGUAUUUGACAAGUACAUUACAAUGGAAGAGCUAAUCAACCCACAAACAUUGGUUAUUCAAUGGGAUUAUGUUGUUAUCUAUGGUGAGUGUUUCUUUACAAUGAAUCAAUUUUAUCAACUUGAUAGCGACAGGGGAAAUUACAAAACUUAGAAAAUAGGUAGUUCUAUUAGUAAAAUAAAAUUCAUCUUAUUAUGAAAACCUUUUUCUCCAAUACAAAACCUAUAAUGAGAACGAUUCCAGAAUGUUCCAGUCAAACAAUACUACAAAAAUAUAGUUAUGAACAUUAACCAAUUAAUAGAGAGUUUGUAAUGAUUGAAUAUGCGUUUAAUAGAAGUAUUUGUGUAAGUCAUUGACGAAAUUAGAGCAAUAAUUCCUGUAUAAUGUACACUCCAUCUUGAAAAUGUAAGUCUUGUGAUAAGCUGUUCUAUACUUCUGUAAGUAAUAAUAAUUAUUAUCUUUACGAAAUAAAUUGAAACUAACUACUGAGCUGCAUUUCUAUCGUAUAGGUUUUUGUGAAGAUAGUUGGAAGGUAUUUUUUUAAUAGUUGAGAUUUGGACAAGAAAUUAUGGGAUGUAAAUGUAAUGAAUGCGUCCAGCUUGAAUGAAUAAUGUGAAACAUUUCCAAUAUUGUAAUAAAGUUUUGAAAAGCCGGUUUUGUUGCUUCGAUUUCGUGAAAAUUUCGGAAACAGGGUCGACAAGAGGGAAAAUUGGGUGAAAAUUCAGAAUUUAAAUCAUAAAUGAUUUUAUUUGAUUUUUUAAAAUUAUAUUACGUUAUGAUUAAUAAUAGAAAAAUGAAGGAGACCUUUUUUAUUGAUGAUAUACAGAUAUUAUUAUUAUUAUUGUAGUGAAUGGCUCAUAUGCGGUAAUGUAUCAUCAUAUCGACAUACUCAAUAAUUCAGUUGAUAAUCACUUAAUCUCUUGGAUGACUUCUUCAACACUUUAGUAAUAAAGUGACAACAAAAUUUGAUAUUUUAUAAUGGUUUUUAGUUUUCUGAUUUAAGAUCUUAAAACUUUGAUUUUUAUAAUGGGUAGGCCUACUCAAUCGGAUUCAAAAUUGUUAAAGUCAGGCACAGUUUUAGUCUAUAUAAAGAGUAUUACUAUAUCUGAUCUGAAUUGUGUGCCAAACAUUUUAUUCUUUGACAAUACAAGCGAAAUAUUGGAAUCGAUUAUUAGUUUAUUUAUGACUGAUGACCAUUUCGGGUUUUUACUUGUGCACAAGUAAUGAGUUGGGAUGAUGGUGAUAAGGUCAAAAAUCCUUCCACUUGGUUGGAUCCAAACCCACAAAUCUUAUGGAAGCUGUUCAUGUCUGAUAGCUUAGGUUGAUGUUGAUAGCCUCUCAACUAUCAGAGUCAGCAAAAAUUUUUUUUUCAUUUAUUUGAAUCGUAAGAACUAUCAGAGACAAGUGAUACUUACACUGUAUUUUCUCUACGGUUCUACCCCGUGAUUAAAAUAUGACAUCCCCAACAAUACAUAAUCCAAUAAUUAAAUUAUACAGAAAAUGCCAAUGAAUGCUUGGAUCUUUUCUUCUAAAAUAAUUGUGAGUCUUAUUGUGUCAAAUCCUACAUUAUAUGAGUACUAUAUUAUGCAAUUUAAUGGAUCAUAUACAUGAAACAUAUUCAAGGAGAUGGUUUUGUAUGUGACUGAACAACCCAAGAAUGUCACACAAUGUAAAAAUAUACGCUUAUUAUUAUAAUUUAUUAUGUAAUCAAUUCACUGAAAUUUGUGCCAGUAUUAUGUUGAUAAAAUACAUUAAUUAAAAACCUUGCAAUUUCUAUUUAUAGUUUAGAGAGGUGACAAACUCAGUAUGGAAUGCAAUAACUGAUUUAUAUAAUAUAUAUAUUUUUUGUGAAUUUAUCCAGUCUGUGAGUAAUGUUUCAUAUUUUUGAAGAAUUAUAGUACGCAAUUCGGCUAGUUUCUAUCAUUAUCUAGGGUGUAUUAUUGGAACGCUAUAUUCAAUACUUCAUUUGAGAUGUCUAAAAAAGAUGUCACGAAUUCAUUUUUUUCCUAAACAUAAUUAAUCUUCCCAUGGAAUAAACUUUUAUGGGAAAUCAGCUACAAAAUAUAUUGUAGCAGAAAUGAUUAGUUUGAAACAUUUACUAGGAAAAACCAGUGUUAUACAGAGCGAUCGAAGAGUCACGCAAAACAAACCCCCACCAUGUUUUGAUGGACAAACUUUUUGAUUUGAAAACAAAACAUUAUUUUGAUUCAGGUUGCAUGAUUUUUCAAUCACACUUCAUAGUCAAUUCAGUAAAUUUUUCAAUAACUGAAAUGUCAGUCAAAAACAAUAAAAACAAUAAUUGAUUGAAAUUACAAAAAUUCGUUGUUUUAUUUUUGCGGGUGAUGGAUAUUUUAAUGAUUGUUGUGAUUUUAAGUUAUAAAUCCAAUCGAUAAAUGAUUGAUUCAUUUUAUUAUGAAACUGUAAUAAAUGAUAUUAUGAUAGCUAAGCAUUUAGUUCAACUGUGUUAUGAAUUCAAAUUUAUGUUUAUCUUUUGUUCUUUGUUUCAACCAAUUUGUUAGUUUGAAGGAAAAGAUGAUAAUAUUAUUGUAACAUUAGCCUAUGCAGCAUACAUGAUUAACAGUAAUUCAUUGAUUGAUUAUUAUUGGAACGUGUGUGUAUAUUAUUGUUUGAUAUGUUGAUAAUAUGAUAUUGAUAAUAAAUCGCAAACGAAAAUAUUGAUUAAGUGGUGAUCUCAUACUUAGAUAGAUGAGAGAUUGAUAACAAUAAUGGAUUGAGUGAGCGAGUUAAAUUAAUCUAGUAAGUUAUUCUUAGUAUUAGGAACCUGUACCUUAUUGUAUGUAUGUGAAAGUUUCUUUGAAGUAUUAUAAAAUAUAUCUACUUUUCAGAAUAGAA